GAAGGUUGAUCAUGGCGUCUAGACCAGUGUCUGGAAUUUCAGGACAACUUUCAAUGGCUUUUUAUAUACUUUUUGGAUUAAUUCUGCUGUCGUCAACUGUGAAUGUAUUCGGUGAGCUGAUCUGCGCAUGUACGGAACACUGUCCUGAGCAUGCUCAUAACGAAACAUGCACACCAAAACCAGGCGGCUAUUGUUUUACUCAUGUCCAAGCAUACGAAGAAGGUAGUGAGGGGAAUAAAAUCCCAAUCAAGUCUAUGGGAUGUCUAGGCUCAGGAGAAACGGGGUAUAUGCAAUGUCAGUCUGGUUCCAAAACGGACCAUUCCAUUCCGCGGGAAAUGCAUUGCUGUAACGAUAGAAGUUACUGUAACUUACAUCUAGAGCCUACGUUAGCGCCAACAACUCCAGAGCCGGAAACACCAUCUCCUCCGGUUCCACCAAUUCAUUAUGCCAGGUUACAUCGCAUAGUAUUGUUCAUCUCAGUCACGGUUUGCCUUGUAAUAUUUAUCCUUAUAAGCUGGUGCAUCUACCUCAGGUAUAGACGAAGGGAACAAGUACUGCGUGAAGAUUACGAGGCAGCGAAGCAGAGCGCUCAUCUUAUUCCACCAGGGGAAACGUUAAAAGAAUUGAUUGAGCGCUCGCAGUCCUCAGGCAGUGGAUCUGGUCUUCCUCUACUUGUUCAACGUACUAUUGCCAAGCAAGUUCAGCUGGUGAAGUCCGUCGGGAAAGGGCGGUUUGGUGAGGUAUGGCUAGGAAGGUGGCACGGCGAGCCAAUCGCCGUUAAGAUUUACCAUACGGCCGAGGAAGCUAAUUGGUACAGAGAAACUGAAAUCUACCAAACUGUUGUGAUGCGUCAUGAAAAUAUUCUUGCAUUCAUUGCAGCUGAUAUUAAGGGAACCGGCUCGUGGGCACAAUUUCUAUUAAUUACCGAUUACCAUGAAAACGGUUCACUUUUGACCUACCUUCAGAUGCAUGUACUAGACACUCGUGCAAUGCUGAAGCUCGCACAUUCAGCAGCAUGCGGACUCGCUCACCUGCACACAGAAAUCUUCGGUACAAAAGGAAAGCCGGCCAUUGCUCACCGUGACAUCAAAAGUACAAAUAUUUUAGUAAAACAGAAUGGAACGUGCGUGUUAGGGGACAUGGGGCUGGCUGCUAGAUACUUAUGUGAAACAAACACAAUAGAAAUUGCACCAAACACGCGCAGUGGUACGAGGCGAUACCAAGCACCGGAGGUUCUCGAUGGCAGUCUUAUUGCAGAUUCAUUUGAUGCCUACAAGAUGAUUGAUAUGUACGCAUUUGGUCUGGUACUAUGGGAAAUAGCAAGAAGGUGCAUCUUACAAGGAAUAGUAGAACAGGCUCAGCUUCCCUUCUACGAUUCUGUAGGAUCCGAACCCAACCAUGAUGAGAUGAAACGAGUGGUCUGUACGGAGAAAAGAAGACCGGUUAUUCCCAACAGAUGGAGUUCUGAUGAUUGUUUACGCACAAUAUCAAGGUUGAUGGUGGAGUGUUGGAACCACAAUCCAUCGGCGCGUCUCACAGCUCUGCGUGUUCGUAAGACGCUUUCUAAAAUGCAGGAUAACUACAAUCAACUGAAGAUGUGAGCCAAUAAGAUCGCUGACAAAUUGAACGCUCAGGCAGUCAGAUGAAGCAGAAGUCGCUCAUGACUUGAAGCGGAUUAUACGGGACUAAUCAGGAUUAAUCGCAUUCUGUAAGAUUAUCUUAGUGAUUAGCUCGUCAAACAUUUAAUGUCCAAUCGGUUCAAGAGUUUCUUCAGUUUGCGGACACAUCAUUAAUCUUGCGUAACUACCUUAACUACAAUUAUUGAAAUUGGAGAAAAUCUCAUCUUGUUUUCUUAAGAGUACCUCAAUCUGCUCGAAGAGCAAAAUUAAAUAUUAUGUUGUCAGCUGGACACAUUUAUCGCAGACGUUAUCGCUAAGGAUUCAGGGACGUUAAAAUGCAUGAAUUCAAGGGCGUAUAGUCGCAGCUAGAGAUAAAAACGAGGAACAAAGUAGCAUGGAGAAAUGACUCUGUAAAACAUCUACCAAAACAGAGAGGAAAUAUUUGACUUGUCCUCUUUUGAAGAGGCAGUGGUGGUAGUGUGUGAACCAGAAUUGUACAAAAAAAUUGCAUAUGAUAGACAAGCAGUAAAAUAAUAGAUGUACAGUAACCAGCUAAUAAUCAGUGUUAUAUAUUAUAUAUACUGUCCAAUGAAUGGACAAACUAUUAGUUACAUAGACAAAAUUAUAAUAUGACUUGGAAUAGCUUUAGUACACUUUUUUAAGUACAGUAAAAUUGGAAUAUUGAGUUAGCUCAUGAAGGUGGGUACUAUAGCAGUCACUGUUAUAACCUUAACUAGUUAUAACUAGUUAACCUAGUUAUAACCUUAACUAGUUAAUCUAGUUAUAACCUUAACUAUUUAUAACUAUUUUAACCUAGUUAUAACCAUAACUAGGUUAACAGAUUUUGCAUGGACAAUGGGAAAAUUAUGAUUGAUAUAGUUUUAAUCAAUUCAAUUCUGAAGGUAAUCUUAUUAAAAGAAGAAAAAUGGCAUUACAAUUCACAAAGUAUCGUGUUGUUUGCGAACAGUUAAACAAUUAAUAAGUAAUAAAUAUACAUGAAUUGAUAUUUCUUAUUUUAUUAAGAUAAUGAUAAUCAAUUUAAGAAUGGUCGAGUAUGAUUUAUUACUCAUUUUGAUGAGUAGUGGCUUGAGUAUUUUGUUAGUCUUCCAAUAACCUUUGAGCUAAACAUCGAAUGAUUGUAUUUCCUUCAUUUUGAAAGUCUAUAAGUCAGUAGACUAUGGUAGGGUUACAGGUUGCAAGGCAGUCAAUGUAUAUAAUAUGUAUACAUAAGUAUAUACAAUUCUCCCUCUAAUUAAAGACCUCUCAUAAUAACAGAUGUCUCUUAUCUUUAUUUUUCUAGAGACCAAAGCUGCUAAAGACCAUGGAAACUCAGGUCCCAAAAGUGGUCUUUAGAUGGAGGGAGACCUAUAUGUGUAUAUAUAUUUGUAUGUAUAUAAUAUGUUAAAACUUUGAAACAUAGUUCCCCAAUUCAUAAUAAUUCUAGGAUGUUAUAUAUACCUUGCUUUGUAUAGUAUGGAACAUGGUUCUGCAGAAUCAGAAACCCAACAAUUAUUGCUGCAAAUGAACUGCACUAUAACAACGAAUAGAGCCUAAAUUCAUGAAAUCUGUGGUUGUUUAUUAAUGUUUUAUGAGGGCUCCAGACACAUUCACAAUAACCAGUCUAAAAUGCUUACCUUAAGAAUGUGCUUAUUGUUUUUUCUUAUGUAAAUAGUUUUUAAGUUUGACAAUUUAAAAAGUUUAGGAUGAGUGUUAGAUUUUUUGAGUUAGUAAUAAUCAUGUGUGCUGGCUUACAGAUGGACAGAAUUUAUAUACAGUAACUUGAGACCUCAUUUUUAUGAUGACCUGUUUUUUUUUUUGUUUUUUUUUUUAUAACAUAAUUGGCCAUGUAAUGGUUUUAAAUGACUUGUGUUCUUCCAAUAUUAUCUCUAUAGGGAGACAAAAACUAUAGGGAGAAAAAAAAACCAAACCAAACAUAUUAUAAUUUUAGUGUGUGUCGAAUUGGAUUGAAAGUACACAAACUCAGGAUUGUGUACAGAAUAAUUGUGGGUUAAGAUGUAAAACAAAGUGAAUACAGUAUUGAAAAUCUUCUUGACUUCCAUAUAAAAAUUGCCAAACUAUGACACAGGAGUUUGCUGAUCUUUGUAGAUAGAGGGCGACAUUUUAGUACAGUCAGUUCUUCAGAAAAGUAUUCUAACUGGUAUUAAAUAGUUUUUAUGCUUUACUUUACUUUAUUCACAUGUGUUCAUCAGCGCUUUGUGAAUGAUGCCAGCUUAAGUCUUUAACUAUUGAUUUACAACCUUGAUUUUCUUGCCACUCAGUUCCAUGAUUAUGAAUAUUUCAGAAAUUUUUACUGAGCCUAUUCUACACUGUUUUUUGGAAUUGUCUGUAAUUACAUUACUGACACGUGGAUGCUUUAAAUUCUGUUGACUUAGUUUCUGAGAUGAUUGCUCAAUAUACUCUUCUUCCAUACACGUCAUCUCCAUGCGCAAGUCAUCAUCGCGGCCGUUCCAAGGCAAAGCAACGUAACAAAAUUAUAAUAGCAGUUACCUUGUUUUGCCAUAGGACAUCAAUAUCUGCUUUAAAUUGCUGUAAAAAAUAUUUGCAUGUUCUUAUUCAACUUUCAUGUUGUUGACAAUUACUAUUAACUUCCAUUCAUUAGAGUACGUCAACUGAGAUAGAAAAAAAAAAUUUCAUGUUUUAUAGCUUCGCUAUCAUGCAAGCUCAUUGUGCCAAAGUCCUGGCUAUGCAGACUGUUAAAUUUUUCUUUAAACACGCUCUCCAUUUCCCGCUUUGAAAUAUAUUGAACUAGUAAAACCAAAUGUUUAUAGCUGCUCGUACAAAUGUGUGACAUUAUUAAUGGAUUGUUACAUUGUAUGACAUAAUAGUUGUUAAAAAUACCUAUCAUGAAAAAAUCCGAUAACAGAAAUGUAACCCUAUUCUUUUCAUUUGAUGAAUAUAUUGUGUUGUUAAGCUUCUGGUACUAAACUCAAAAAGAGUUGGAGAUCUUUAUACAUUUAACAUGAGGUAUUUAACUUCACAAAUCAAUCGAAAAAGUGAUUUUUUUUACUCGUAAUGAAUACUCACUAACUACUUAUCAAUUUUUCCAAUACUAAACACUGUGGUUACAUGUACUGCUUGCAUUUCGUAGGCAAGUUUUAAGCCAAAGAAUAUUUUUAGUGUGUUUUCCUUCACAAAUGGUGCAAAAAUGGUAAGCCUCUGGUAUUCAGUUUUUAUAUGUUUUUGCAGUGGCAUCACCGGCAGGGUGCACAGAGAGCACCUUUGCCAGGGGACCCUGGACCUCAUAAUUGGGGAAGGAGUAGUAGGGCCCCCCCCCCACUUGCAAUUCUCAUUUUUACAUCCUUAAAUUGAUUACCUGCCAAUUUAAUUAUCCAUACAAAUAAUACAGCAAUAGUACUAUUAUUAAUUAUACGCCUGUUAAUUGUUGAGAAAAAAAUGUUCUCUUCCUAAUUUCCAGUUGAAUGCUGAUAAUCAGUGGCAGAUACAGAAAUUUUCAAUAAAGGGGUCCCAGGGAGGGUCUGUCACAGAUGGAAGGAGUAUACCGCCUCAGCCCCAGUAUGGUUGGGGUUGAGGUAAGAACAUUUAUGAUUAUGGAAAUGCCACUCUCAAACUCCAUUUUUAUAAAUCCUAAAAAAUAUAGGGGGUCCUGUGCCAAAUGGGCCCUCCUUGAAUCUGCCACUGAAAUACAUAAAUAUACAGAAAGUAUAAACUUACUGAUAGAAUGAUGUUGCUUGCGUAAGAGACAUGAGAAGUGAGAAUUAGGUUAGCAAUUUUGCAGGAUGAGCUUUUUUUUUUUUUUAAGUCUUCUGAAGUUUAAAAAAUUAAACAGAUGUUUUAGUAACAAGAACAAAUCACUUACACCAAAUAUGGAAUGUUUUAAAUGUGGGUAUUUUUUUCUCCUACAGAAUAUAGUAUUGUAGUUGUGUAUGUAGGAUAUAUCUGUGUUAGUGUAAAUAUUAUAAUAGAUUUUUUUCUAGAAAAUAGAACUAAUGUUGUAAAAAGAAAAGUAAUGAAGCUGAAAUUACAUAUAUGGCUUAUUAUUUUAUUUAUACCCUUUAUAUAUAUGCCGCCUUAUUCCCUUGCAUGGUAAUUUUGGAAUACCAUUUCUGUAUUUUUGGUUUUCCAGAUAAAAGCUGUAAAUUAUGUUAAAUAUAGGUUCAUUUUUUUCUACUUUUAUUUAUUAUUGUUAUUUUUGGCAAAUGUUUUAUUUAUUUAGAGGCUUUAAGUUUAGAAAUAAUGUACUUAACUUGGUUGAAAAGUGUAUAUAGUGAGUGAACUGUAUUCAUUGCAAAUUUUGCAUUCAUUAAACAGGGAGAAAAAAGUUUUUCCAUCAUAUAUACAAGAGUAAAUGUUGUGGUAAUUGUUUAUAUUCUUUUGUUAUAAGCAUAGGCAUAGACCAGGGCCGCACCCCUCCCCCAUGAUUGCAAAUCAGUGCCACUAAGUGGGUUAAAAUACUAAAAAUGACCAUUAAGUUUUCAUUGGCCUUCCCCAAUCAAUUUCCCCUUCCCCAAUCAAUUUUUCCCCCUCCCCACACCGACCAAAACCAGCCUCUUCCCCUAAUGUGUGUACACAGGCCUUAAAAACAGUCAAGAUUAGCCGAACAUCUAAAAAGUAAUUGGGAGUUUAAAUAAUUUUAAUUCAACCCAAGGACUAGAGAAUCUCCUUAGUUUAGCAAACACACAUUGAUUACAGUGUGUUGGGCCAACUGAAUUAAGGUAAUUUGACACACGGCAUCUUUUGAAUCUAGGGGCCGAUUUGGAGUACUUGCAAGUCACUGUAGGCCUAAGAAAAUUGUUGAUGGCUUAAAGGAAAUCCCUUCAAGCCAUUGCCAAUAUAACCCCUCCCCAAUUCCAUUUACCAGAUCUGCCUCCUGGAAUUAUAUCUCAGAAAAUGUCUGAAUUUUAAAACACAUGUUGACUCGAAAGAAUGAUGAUUUAGCAACCAUUUUAUAUAUUACAAAAUAUAUAAUUUUAUUCUCGGACUUCUGUGCUUGUUAAUGUACUGUACUCUGUUCAGAUAUACUAUUACAUUGACUAUUGUAUGAUAUGGUUGACUGUAAACUUGUUGAUAUUCAUGUUAUUUUUUCCGGUAUUUUCAUCUAUAUCUACGAAUUCCUGUAUUUAAAUAUUAGCUUAUGAAAUUUAAGGGAGUGAUGUUAAUUCUUCUAACUUUUUUAUGUAUAUUAAUAGAUAAUAAUGUUAUUAUCUAUUGUUAAUAUAAUUAAAUGCCAUUUUGUAAUUUCUAUUUUAUUUAGUGUUGUAGGUACAUCCUCCUUAUUUUGUUAUUCUUACCGUAAGGACAUACAGUAAAUACCUUGUACUUAAUAGUUUAAAUAUUAUUAUUUAAUAUUUCGUGUAUUAUUUGAUUUACAAAUGUAUAGAGGGGCAAGAAUUUCUCCAUAUGUAAUUGGUCGAAAUUAUAUCGAUAUGGUCAUCAAUGUUGAUGAACGUUUGAAAACGUCUUCACUGUCAUAGUCAUACUGCCCUCAUGGGACUAGCUCCAAGAUAGGAAUGAGUUUUCCAUAAAAUCGCUACACUGUCGGUACAGUGUUUCACUAGAAUCAUUAAACUGCGUAGCAGUCCCCGACAGUCCCGUCCCUGACGCAAUCGGGAAGGCACCAUAUUUGAUACCAACCAAUCGGCGGUGCCAAAGUAUGUCGGCACUAGCAAGUAGCAAUUUUAUGUGAAUCAGACAAAUUCUUUUUUGCUUUGUUUUGUUUUUUAAAGGGGUGGGGGAAGGGCGGGGAUCAUGUUUUUGCAUUAUUAUAUAUCUAUGCUUCAUUUUAUUGGAAUGUUCGCAUCAGAGAAUACCAGCUGUGUCACUGCCAUUUUGGUUAACACCGAUAGUAUUCUUUGUGUUUUAUAACAUUUGCUGAAAGAAAGUUAUUAUUAUUUUAUUAUUAUUAUUAUUAUUAUUAUUAUUAUCAUAGAUUUACUUGACAUAUUUUAUAUUUUAUAAUUCUACUUAUUUUCUUUCCUUAGUCUUUUGUUUACACCCAUUAUACAGUCUGGUAAAUGUAUUGUUUAAAAGGAAAGGGAUUAAUAAAAUAUACAGUUUUUACCAUAUGUUUUGAUUAGAUAGGAAUAUAUAUACCCUCUGUGGUGGAAUAUGGAAAAACAAAAGAAAAUUCAAUUUAAAAAUGUAUAAUUUUUCUUUUAAAUGAAUUAAAUAUAAUGCUAAAUAACUUCCAAAAACGUUAAUCAAAAUCAUUUUAUUUUCACUGAUUUACAGACUUUUACUACAAAAAUCCUUUAAAUUGAUUACCAGUCAAUUAGAGGAUUUAGGCCUAUGUAAAAGAAUAUCGGUUAAAGUUUCUCUAUUAUAUCUGUUGAAUGGCGAGGAUUUUUGUUUACUCUAAUGUUCAAUUAAUGACUUAUUAUGCAUACAAAGUAAACAAGACCGUAUAUAGGCUUAUGUUAAGUAUUCAGACGCGGAUCUAUAUGCAUACACACCUGCUCUAUAUAUAAAUAACGAUCACCAAAUUAUACGAUUAAAAAAAAAUCUGUACUUAAAAA